AUGCCGCCGCCGCCCGAGGACCAUCCCAUGCCGCGGCCGAAGCCAAAGCCUCCCAAGCCCAGGCCCAAGCCGGGGAGGAUGAAGCCGGAGCCGGUGCGCGACCAGACCGACGCCGUCUUCCCGUUCCCUGCCGACCCCUCGGCCUGCGCCGCGCACUGCUCAGAGCCGUGCGCCCACUACGGCCUCUGCCGGCCGCCGCCGCCCUCGCGCACCGCCACCGUGCACCUCCGCUCCUCCUCUCGCCUCCCCACCCCGCUCAUCGCCCUAUCGGCGUCCGUCCUCGCCGUGUCCGUCGUCCUCCUCCUCGUCCUGCUCGUCUGCCACGUCGUGCGCCGGCGCCGGCGCCAUGCCGCCAACGCCGCGCCGCUGCCGCUGCACCACCAGCUCGCCCAAGGCGGGCCUCCGGCCGACAUGGCGGUCCCGGUGCCGGCGGACAGCGACUCCGACGACGGGGUGCACCACGUGUGGUACAUACGCACCGUGGGGCUCGACGAGCGCGCCAUCGCGGCCAUCACCGCGCUGGUGUACGACCCCGACAAGUGCCGCGCCCUGGGGCUCGGCGGCGACGGCUGCGCGGUGUGCCUCGCGGAGUUCCGCGGCGGGGAGACGCUGCGCCUGCUGCCGCGGUGCGGCCACGCGUUCCACCGCGGCUGCAUCGACACCUGGCUCCGCGCCCAUGUCAACUGCCCGCUCUGCCGCGCUCCUGUCAAGGUCGCCGCUGGCGCUCACCAGACCGCCGCCCCCGGCAACGACGCGAGCGAGCCCGCGGCGAACCUAGCCGCUGCCGCUGGUGCUGGCGCCGAGGAGACCGGGGGCGACGGCGUCCUGUCGACGGAGAUGGCUGUGAGGCGCGCCGCGUCCGUGAUGGCGCUCCCGAGGCUGCCGUGGCCGGACGUCUCCCCACGACCUCUGGCUUCGAACAGUGCGCGCGAGGGGGAGAUGGGCCUAUCGAAGAUCAGUAGAGCGCUGAAAUCGUGGGAAGCGUUGGAGAUAGCCGGCGUCGAGGUAGGCAGGUCGGCUUCGUUCGGCGCGGCGCCGCCGCGUUUGCCUGGGCGGUCAGGCCAGCCGGCCACGGGCAUCAACGCCGACGAAAUCCCGCGUUGA